AUGGCGGCAGCAGUCUCCUCACGCUCUUCGACUGCUUUCGACCUUCGCAACACGGCUCCUUACACCAUCCGCUUGGGACGCCAUCUACCGUCAUGUUCUAGUAUACAGUACAACCAUAGACCAGAUCUCUCAGAUCCUGACAAUGCCGAAUCUUCGAUCUCCCAUUCUCCCGAAGGCAAUCGAGUCACUCUUUCCUUGAGAGACGGUGCCGACGAAUACAAGUAUUCUGGCACUCGCUGUGACGAAGACGACGCAUACGUUCUGUUGCUCGACGAAGAAAGUAAAGAUUUCGUUCUAGAAAAGGUCGCCUCCUCGUACACUCUGAACUUGACCCAUGCGCCUUGGGAGUCGAGCUCUGAUACACUGGCCGAGCAAUACCCACAGCUACAAUCUCACGAUGAUGACGGUCAUGGAGAACAUGUCGGGAACGCAGAUGAUGAAGAGGGCGGCGUAAUGCUGGAUGCAGCAGAUGCAGACGCUUCCAAUCCUUUCGACUUCCGCCACUACCUGGACGUCGAGCCUUCACCUAGUCCUCACCUUCCCCCCACCAGGGCCGUACCGAUAGCAACGCCCGCAGCCUCUCAAGCUUCCACAAGAACAAACACACCACUCGUCAAAUCUGUACGCAAACAGACCUCUGCCUUCGCACCGCAGAAUCUCAAAGUGCCGCCGAAACCACGAGCGAGUCCGAAACCUACUGAAGACGAGUCCAAAGUCAAGCAUGCAGCACGCUCGCCACAUCCAGAAACACAAGCGAGUCGAAAGACCCAAGUCGACGUACCCGCCGUUCGUCUCGACCGGCGUGCUUCCACUCGGCUUGCAUUGCCUUCCAAGCCUCCAUCAAAGAAGCGUGAUGCAGAAGGACUGUCGCUCGACGGCGACAGCGAUGAUGAUGAUGACGGAGAUCUGAUACUCGAAGGCGACGAACCGCAACGAUCAUCAUAUCGUUCGAACAACUCAAAGUCGAGCCUAGGUCUUGCACUCACGAAUGGUCUGGGUGAAGGACCGCGCAGUCUGCGUAGUGCAGCAAGCAGUCCAGCUGGAAGUCAUAUCGAUUCGCCUGCCCCACAGCGACCAAGUCCGCUCGGCGGACACCGAGAAAGAAGUUAUGACGAGGACGAGCUUGUCAUGGAUCCGGACGAGGAAGCGAAUGAGUACGAUCAGAUGGGCAGUGAUGCAGAGGAUGAUGGUGAUGUGGACGCUUUGCAGCUGCCCAGCCCUGCGCAAGUCCAUCGAUCCAGUCUCGGCGGACCGACGGUCAGCGGUGAUGACGAUUACGAUCUCGAGAAACAGAUGCUGCUUGAGCUGGAAGGGGGUUUGGACGACUAUGCUGCAUCCGGACAACAAGGCGGGGCAGACAGCGAUGAGGAGAGUGAGGAGGAGUAA